AACUCAUACCAAUGAUGACCAUGUAGGUCUUUUCUCCAUGUUGGAAAAGGGAAAGAAACCUGAGAGCAACAAGUUGGAAGCAGUUCCCAUGCAGCAGAAGCCAUGGCGCAGGUUAAACAAGAGGCUGAUUGUUUACACACCGCGCUGAAGCGGUUUAGGGCGGCGGUGGUAGACAGAAAGCUUGUAAAAACUCUACGUGGCCGAAUGGUAGACAUUUCAAGAAGGGAAUAAAUGACUUGAUUGGAGCACAAAAAGGGAACGUAAAGGAAAGCAAACAAAAAAAUAGAGCUUCCUUUGCCACGUAGGAAACCCCGUUAUUCCUGACUGUUCAUUCCUGAGCUAGUGAAGGAAGGAGACCGAGUAAAAAGAGGAAACUGCAGCACAUUCACGCUUUGCUGCCAUGCUGCCAGCUGGUGUUCUGUGUUUAUUGCUGAUCUUCAUGGUCAGCCCCUCCAUGUCCCAUCAACCUUUGACCUCAGGUGAUCCCAAGCAGAAGAUCUUUUCCUCUCAGAGCCACCCCAGCUGGUCUUUAGGGCUGCAAGUGUACAGGGCCCUUCGUAGUGAAGGCUCUCACAACAACACCAUCAUUUCUCCUGUAUUGCUUGCCAACUCACUGAGCGUGUUGAGCCACAUAGCUAAUGGAGCCACAGCCAGGCAGCUCCAGGAGCUUCUAAAGACCGAAAAGGAUGAGCAACAAGCUGAAAAAUCAUCAUCCAAUCCAUUUAUAUCCAUGAGAAAUGCAAAUGGAACCAGCUACACCCUGCGUGGUUCCUCAGCUAUCUUCUCUAAACAGGUUCCUGCACUAGAGAGCAGCUUCCUGGAGGAGCUACAGGCCCAGUUUGAACUGGACCAUGUGGCUUUAGGUGCAGGGGAUAAACAGGAUGAUAUAGAGAAGAUCAGUUCCUGGGCCAAAAGAGGAAUGGGGGGAGUGAAGCAAAUGCCACUGAAUGAAGGGCCAGAUGCUAAAGAAGGAGCGCUGAUCCUGGCCAGUGCACUACACUUUAAAGGGUUUUGGGAUCAUGGCUUUGACAAAGAAAACAAAGAUCUACGAAGAUUUUUGGGAACCGAGUACACCAAAGUGUACAUGAUGCACAGAGCAGGCGUGUACCGUCACUAUGAGGACAUAGAGAAUAUGGUGCAGGUGUUGGAGCUGGGUCUGUGGGGUGGAAAGGCCAGCAUGGUGCUUCUGUUGCCUUUCCAUGUGGAGAGUUUGGCUAGGCUGGAGCGUUUGCUGACACUUGAGCAGCUGGAGAACUGGCUGGGGAAACUGAGCAGCAUGAGCAUGGCAUUAUCUCUGCCCAGGGUCAAUAUCAGCAGCACACUCAGCUUACAGGAGCAAGCCUACAGUUGUACAGAUAUGUGUUUGUACUUGUGCCGGAAAUUGAUUCGAAUGGUUUAUUCAGAUAAACGUAAACAGUUAGCCGCACUGGGAAUUGUCGAUGCCUGGGACCAAAAAGUGGCAGAUUUCUCUGGUCUCGGGAAGGGGAAGCUUUAUCUGAGUGACGUUCUUCAUUGGGCAUCCCUGGAACUGGCGUCCGAUUCAGGCACUGAGGACAGCGUUGAGGAGGAAGAGCAUAUGGAGAAACCCAAACCUUUCUACGCAGAUCAUUCCUUUAUUAUCCUAGUGAAGGAUAACAGCACUGGAGCUCUGCUGUUGUUGGGUGCACUGGAUCUAGCUGAAGGACCUGCACUGCAUGAUGAGCUAUAGAUGAUAUUGAGAGCUGCAGGGGGUCAGGCUCUAAGCCGGCAUGCCGAGUCCCACUCCAGAAGCAGUCCCCUGGGAGAAAGAUUGCUCAACCAGGCUGUUAUUGAUGGGAUCUGCUUAAUACUAAUGACGCUAAUGACUCGAGACCACUGUCAACACCACAGGCAGACGAUAAACCUUUAAUCUUUUAAUGCCUCUUUGGAUCAAUGGAGGCUGUGCCCUUGUGACGCCGUUGUCCAUUUAGAGUGGUUAGGAAUUACAUUUAAAAUGUUUGUGUGUGUUUUUAUUUCUUUUUUUGUGUGUGUAAUGUAUCAUGUGUUUUUUCAUUUUGUAAUUAAACAAAUGUGCACCAUAUGUAGAAGAUGUUACUAAACUAUUACUGUAUUGUUAAUAUACUGUACGACAAUGGUAUUAUUUCAGUGUCAGAAUAAAGUGUUUUUUACCAGAUACUAAA